UUGUUUUCCUCUUUCACCGUUAAUUCUCCUCCAAUCUCCGCCCUCUCUUGUAACGAUCUCUUCUGAAGAUUUGAAUCUUCUCUACCUAUGCUAUUUCUGCUUCGCUGCGAUUCUUCUUUACCCAGUUUCCAAUCUGUAUCUAUUUUCUAAAUUGCAUCAACGUUGAUUCGCAAUCGGACAAUAACUUGGGCAUUUGGCAGAAGUUGGUUUCAAUGGCUCAAGCGCCGAAUCCACAGAAUGGGGAAUCAAGCACACCAUUGAUGGGUGAUAGUUAUGAUGGCAUUAUUCCUCAGCUGUUUACGUCUGUACCAGCUCUGAAUGACGCUGCUUCUUAUUUAGCACAAACAACAUCCUACUUUACCCGUUGUUUUUCUGAUUAUUCAGUAGAAUAUUCCCCUAGAGGAUCCCAUGCUAGCAUUUAUCCUGCAGAGAUGCGGAGAUUUUCUUCUGGAGUGACUGAUGUAUCUUCUGCUACAGCUACUGAGCAAAUAUCUUCCAAUGGAAACUGUUUAAGAAAUGCUGAAUCAUCAAGUACUACUUCAGCUCCUUCACAUAUGCAGGAUGAAAUCACAAGGACUUCUGCAGGAGAUUCAUCACAAAAUUCUGGCACACUUGUUGUUUCAAAUCGUACUGGUCAAAGUGGCAUUUCUAUUUUCCAGAGCCUUAUUGAGAGAGCUCGAAGGACUGUGCGUGGUUCUGCAGAUGAUAUUGGUUGGCUUCAACUUGAUCCUGAAAUGCCCUCAGUUGAAGAUGGUACAGAGAGGUUCGAGGAAAUUUUUGACAACAUCAGGCAUGGUGUUCACAAGUUACCAAAUUCAAUGGUUUACUUGUUAAUUCCAGGUCUUUUCAGUAAUCAUGGACCACUCUACUUUGUCAAUACAAAGGCCAGUUUCUCAAAGAUGGGUUUAACCUGUCAUAUUGCAAAAAUUCACAGUGAGGCAUCAGUUGAGAAAAAUGCCAAAGAGAUAAAAGAGUACGUCGAGGAAAUUUAUUGGGGCUCCAACAAACGUAUUUUGCUUCUUGGGCAUAGCAAGGGAGGAGUAGAUGCAGCUGCUGCUUUAUCAUUAUAUUGGUCUGACUUGAAAGAUAAAGUUGCUGGUUUGGCAUUAGCACAAAGCCCAUAUGGUGGUAGCCCUAUAGCUUCAGACCUUUUGCGAGAAGGACAGCUUGGGGAUUAUGUAAAUUUACGGAAACUUACAGAGAUUCUUAUCUGUAGAAUAAUGAAGGGUGACAUGCGUGCUUUGGAAGACCUGACAUAUGAAAAGAGGAGGGAAUUUUUGAAGAAACGCCAUUUGCCAAAAGAACUACCUGUUGUUUCUCUUCGCACAGAGGCUGGCAUUUCUCCUGCUGUUUUAGCCACAUUGUCUCAUGUUGCACAUGCUGAACUACCUGUGAUUACUCCUUUAUCAGCUGGGGACACUGCUAAACUGCCAGUGGUGAUGCCGUUAGGAGCAGCUAUGGCAGCUUGUGCACAGCUGCUGCAGUUGAGGUAUGGCGAGAAGAGUGACGGGCUUGUGACUUGCCGAGACGCAGAAGUUCCGGGGUCUGUGGUGGUACGGCCUGAACGAAAAGUGGAUCAUGCUUGGAUGGUUUAUUCUUCACUAAAAGAUGACACUUUAGAAGGAGAUGCUGCUCAGGUUUGUGAGGCUCUCUUGACUCUUCUUGUAGAAGUUGGGCAGAAAAAGAGGCAUGAGCUUGCAAUGAAAGAUGAAUGAAUCAUGCGAAUUAGGCUUUUGCAGUUCUUUCGUUUUGUUGUACCUGUACAUAUGUCCUUCCAUACUGAAGUUGAUUUUUUUUUUUUUUCAGAUGAGAAUAUAUAUUCAGAUGAUGUAAAGCUUAUGCUUGCAUAGAUCUUAUAAAA